AUGGCCACCUCCUCUCCCAACCACGCACAAGCUCCCGCACUCAUUGAGUUGCACACCACAGGAUCCCACGAACUCGGCAACUCAUUGAGCGACCCGAACACGGAUGUAAACCCCGGGCAUAGCACUGCCUCUGCAGCUAUUCCACUGGAGCUGACUUUCGCACGCAAGCUCAAGCUCAUCAGUGCCCUGCUCUGCUUCUUCAAUUGUGGUGUCAACGAUGGGAGCCUCGGCGCCCUCAUUCCGUACAUUCUCAGGACGUACAACAUAUCUACGGGAUGGAUGGCUAUACCCUACGGCGUUACCUUUCUUGGGUGGCUGAUUGCAGCCUUCUUGGGCGGGUAUGGACGUAUCGUCCUUGGCAGUGGCGGCAUGAUCAUAUUUGGAGGAGCAGUACAGCUACUUGCACAGUGCUUUCGACCAUGGGUCCCGCCUUUCAGUCUUUUUUCCGUUACGUUCUUCCUUGUCGCUCUCGGUCAAGCGAGUCAGGAACCUCAAUGCAAUACCUUCGUUUCGAGGUUGAAGAAUGCACACCGCUGGCUUGGUCUGCUACACGGCUGCUAUGCGAUAGGUGGGUUGACUGGUCCUCUCGUAGCGGCAGCCAUUGCAUCGCAUUCGCCCGCUGACUGGGCGUACUUCUACCUCGUGCCAAUGGGAUUCGGUGUGGUGAACCUUGGUCUAUCUUGCUACACAUUCCGAGACGAGACCACAUACUAUCAGAAGCGAGGCCCUCGCCCGAGCAAUGCAGGGUCCUCAUCAUCACAGCGUCGGUCAGCCGCUGCGCUGGUAGAGUUCAAAGCGACUAUCAAGCAAAAGAGUGUAUGGUUGCUCAGCAUCUUCUUCUUCCUGUACCUAGGCGCCGCAAUCACAGCAGGAGGCUGGGUGGUAGAGUAUCUUGCCACGGUCCGUCAUGGCUCUCUAUCCAGAGUGGGCUUCAUAUCGGCAGCGUUCUACGGAGGGCUCGCCGCUGGUCGUUUUGCACUCGCUGAGCCAACCUUUCGAUUCGGCGAGAAGAGGAUGUUUCUGGUCUACGCGAUUAUGUCGUUGGUUCUGCAAAUUAUUUUUUGGAGGGUGCCAAACGUGAUAGUAGACUCGACACAGGUCAUGAUCAGCUUGAUGGGAUUUCUACUUGGCCCGGCAUUUGCCACAGGUAUAAGCGUUGGAUCAAAGCUCAUUCCUGUUGAACUCCAACCAUCUGGUCUCGCUAUGAUCUUCGUCAUGGCACAAGCUGGCGGGGCUAUAUUUCCGGCCAUCACUGGUGUAAUCGCUGACAGCGCCGGGGUCAGUACUCUGCAGCCGAUCCUGGUCGGCCUACUUUUUGCAAUGGCCAUCAGUUGGAUGCUCGUGCCUGAUCCCAAGAAAUUGCUCAUCUAA